GCGAAUUUCCUCCUCGUCCGCGCCCCUCCCUCCCGAGUUUCGUAGACUGCUGCGAAGGCGAAGAACAUCACCGCCCACCGAAGAGACUCCAUACUCACAUUCGACAGCACUCAUCACGAAGUACCGUCACAAUGCAGAUCUUCGUGAAGACCCUGACGGGCAAGACCAUCACCCUUGAGGUGGAGUCGUCCGACACCAUUGACAAUGUCAAGUCCAAGAUCCAGGACAAGGAGGGCAUCCCCCCGGACCAGCAGCGCCUGAUCUUUGCCGGCAAGCAGCUUGAGGACGGCCGGACUCUGUCCGACUACAACAUCCAGAAGGAGUCUACUCUCCACCUGGUCCUCCGCCUGCGUGGUGGCAUCAUUGAGCCUUCGCUCAAGGCUCUUGCCUCCAAGUUCAACUGCGACAAGAUGAUCUGCCGCAAGUGCUACGCCCGUCUUCCCCCGCGUGCCACCAACUGCCGCAAGCGCAAGUGCGGACACACCAACCAGCUCCGCCCCAAGAAGAAGCUCAAAUAAGCGACUCGCCCCGAAGGCGACGCCCUCGUUCUGCGUGGGCACUUUGUUCCUCCAUCUCCUCGGCGUCUGGUUUGGGCAUCCACUUUUACGAACACCAUCGGAAGGAUAGGGGAUAUGACGCGAUACAUGAAAAACGGUUGUCUUCCGGUCUGGUCUACGCAGCGCCUGGCCGCGAAGAUUUCUUGCCGAACGCGGAAAAUAGCAUAGGACUCCUCAAUUCAAUAAGUGGAAUUUCAGCUGCGGAAAGAAAAGAAAAAAAAUAAAGUUGAAACCAUUCUCAGGGUCGUCUGCUCUUCGUGACUGC